AUGCAAAGAAACAUUAGUUGUUUUACUUACUUGGAUGUAACUGUUACUUACUUGGAUGUAACUGUUACUUACUUGGAUGUAACUGUUACUUACUUGGAUGUAACUUUUACUUACUUGGAUGUAACUGUUACUUACUUGGAUGUAACUGUUACUUACUUGGAUGUAACUUUUACUUACUUGGAUGUAACUGUUACUUACUUGGAUGUAACUGUUACUUACUUGGAUGUAACUUUUACUUACUGGGAUGUAACUGUUACUUACUUGGAUGUAACUGUUACUUACUUGGAUGUAACUUUUACUUACUUGGAUGUAACUGUUACUUACUUGGAUGUAACUUUUACUUACUUGGAUGUAACUGUUACUUACCUGGAUGUAACUGUUACUUACUUGGAUGUAACUGUUACUUACUUGGAUGUAACUUUUACUUACCUGAAUGUAACUGUUACUUACUUGGAUGUAACUGUUACUUACUUGCAUGUAACUGUUACUUACUUGGAUGUAACUUUUACUUACUUGGAUGUAACUGUUACUUACUUGGAUGUAACUUUUAUUUACUGGGAUGUAACUGUUACUUACUGGGAUGUAACUUUUACUUACUUGGAUGUAACUGUUACUUACCUCGAUGUAACUGUUACUUACUUGGAUGCAACUGUUACUUACUUGGAUGCAACUGUUACUUACUUGGAUGUAUCUGUUACUUACUUGGAUGUAACUUUUACUUACCUGGAUGUAACUGUUACUUACUUGGAUGUAACUGUUACUUACUUGGAUGUAACUUUUACUUACUUGGAUGUAACUGUUACUUACUGA